UGGAGCCAAAUGGCUUAGUCCUUGCCCUUAUAGCUGCAGUAUAUUUUAUAACAAGACAAAAAUUCCAUUGUGAAAUCAGCCGAUUUGCAUUAUAACUAAUUCCAGCCAUGAACUUAGAGAUUUCCUCCAUAACCAAAAUUAUAAGCUCUGCAUCAAAAUUUAAUUAGGCCAUCAUCGAAAAAUGAAGCAAAUCCCAAUAUGGGCACUCAUCAUUUCAUUCUUUCUCCUCCUCCACGCAACAGAUUCUGCAGUAGAGGAGGUAGUCAGGAGCUCACUGAUUAACUUUCUUGCAAAACUCAACGGCAGCACCACAGGCCAACCUGAUCCAAGUUUCGGAUGGAACAAUUAUACUGAUCCCUGUAAGAAUAGCUGGAAAGGCGUGAUUUGCGAUUCUCAAACGAAAACUGAAGUAAGAAGAAUAUAUCUCAACCAGUCAAGUCUUUCUGGAGUUUUUGAUGCUGCUACUAUUUGCAAUGUGCCUCCUCUUGCUAAUUCUCUAAUACAUAUUAAGCUUGAUCAGAACAGUAUUAAUGGAAAUCUACCAGCAGAGAUUUCUAACUGCAAGAAUCUUGUUCGCUUGCUUUUACGCCAAAACAAAUUCGUUGGAAGCCUUCCUGAUUCACUACUCAAUCUUAAAAACCUGAAAAGACUUGAUGUUUCUUUCAAUGACUUCUCUGAUAACUUACCAAAUUUAUCGCUAAUUUCAGGUCUUACAACAUUUCUUGCUCAGUAUAAUCACUUCACUGGUGAGUUACCAAAUUUUGAUCUUUCCAAAUUUGAAAUGUUCAAUGUCUCCUUCAAUGAUUUCAAAGGUCCUAUUCCAGUAGUGACUGGUCCGUUCAACGAGAGCAGCUUUCUUGACAAUCCUGGAUUAUGUGGACCUCUCUUAAAAAGGGAUUGUUCAUCUUCCCCUGACGAUAAGAACAAUUCGGAUGGAAAGAAAAGAUCAAAAGAUGAAAUAAUUAUGUACUCAGGUUAUGGUGCAGUAGGAUUUGCUUUUUUCAGCUUAAUCAUUUAUAAGCUGAGCAAAAGGAGAAAAGAAGAAGAGAAACCUGAUUCUGUUAACAUAGUUGCAUCAUCAGCAGAUGAUGCUACAUUUUCCACUGAUCAUAAAACUGAAAGUGAAAGCAAAUCAGAAUUUUCAGCAAACUCAGCUGCAAGUCCAUUGGUUUCUACUUCGCUUGUAGUUCUUAGAAGUCCUAUAGUGAAUGGAUUCAGUUUUGAGGACUUAUUAAAGGCUCCUGCAGAGUUGCUUGCAAGAGGAAAACACAGUAGCCUUUAUAGAGUUAUAUGUGAGAAUGGACUGGUUUUGGCUGUCAAGAGGAUUAAAGAUUGGGCAAUUUCAAGUGAUGAGUUUAAGCAAAGAAUGGAAAAAAUAUAUCAACCUAACCAUCCAAAUGUAUUGCAAGCUCUUGCCUUUUAUUCUUCUACCCAGGAGAAGCUGUUGGUUUAUGAAUACCAGAAUAAUGGAAGUCUCUGCAGAUUUCUCAAUGGUACCCAGAUGAGCAAAGCAUUUGAUUGGACCAGCAGACUCAAUGUUGCAUCUACAAUUGCAGAGGCACUAGCCUUUAUGCAUCAAGAACUUGGUCCAGAAGGAAUUGCACAUGGAAAUUUGAAGUCCUCAAACAUUUUAAUGAACAAGAACAUGGAGCCUUGCAUAAGUGAAUAUGGACUAAUGGUUACAGAAAAUACUGAAAAUGUCAAUCCAAGACCUGAGACUAACGCGUUCAAAGCAGAUGUUUAUGGUUUUGGAGUUAUUGUUCUUGAAUUACUAACAGGAAAGCUAGUGAAGAACAAGGGCAUAGAUUUGACUACAUGGGUUCAUUCUGUGGUUCGCGAAGAAUGGACAGUAGAGGUAUUUGACAAGAUUCUUAUAGCAGAAAGUGCAAGUGAAGAUAGAAUGCUGAGUUUACUUCAAGUUGCUAUAAAAUGUGUGAACGUUAAUUCAGAGGCUAGGCCUACAAUGAAUCAAGUUGCUGUUAUGAUUAAUACUAUAAAGGAAGAAGAAGACAGUUCUUUAAGUUGUUAUGAACCUUGAAUGGUUAUUAACACUUAAAAAGAAUUGAAUUGAAUGUGAAUUCAAAUCUAUAAAGAUAUAUACUUUGGUUAAGGAAAAUUAAUUAAGCUUGUCAAUUUUUUCUUUUCUUUUCUUUU